AGUUGACCAAUAGGGGCGCUCACAGGUCGUCAGUUUCCGCUCUUACCCGGAUACAUAACAACAGCUGGAAACGGCUAGUCAGUUAGCUGCCUAGCUCCGUGAUUCAGGCUGUAGUUUGUGUUUGUUAUUCACGGUUACCGUCAGUUUACCGCCGCGGGACGUUCCACCGGUGGAAGAGGAAGAUGGCAGCUGAACGGCUGCUGUAGCUGAUCCACAGACACACGACAUGAAGACGGUUCAUGUGAAGUUUGUUACCGUUAGCAGCCGUUAGCAGCAUCACCCGAGCCGACGGGACGUCAGUUACUGCUAGCCUGCUAAAGCUAACAACAACAACAACAACAACAUCAGUCCUGUCAACAGCAGCUGAGACCUCUACAUCAGCUGUUGUCUUGAGGCGUGAUGGGGAAUCAGCUGGCUGGGAUCGCGCCCUCUCAGAUCCUGUCUGUGGACAGUUACUUCUCAGACAUCCACGAUCAUGAGUACGAUAAAAGCCUGGGCAGCACUCGCUUCUUCAAGGUGGCCCGGGCCAAACACCGGGAGGGCCUGGUGGUGGUCAAAGUCUUCGCCAUCCAGGACCCGUCGCUGCCUCUGACCAGCUACAAACAGGAGCUGGAGGAGCUGAAGAUCCGGCUGCACUCCUGCCAGAACUGCCUGCCCUUCCAGAAAACCUCCCUACAGGAGAAAGCCGCCAUCUUGUUCCGGCAGUACGUCCGGGACAACCUGUACGACCGCAUCAGCACCCGGCCGUUCCUCAACAACGUGGAGAAGCGCUGGCUGGCCUUCCAGAUCCUCAACGCCGUGGACCAGGCGCACAAAGCCGGCGUCCGGCACGGGGACAUCAAGACGGAGAACGUGAUGGUGACCAGCUGGAACUGGGUGCUGCUCACGGACUUCGCCAGCUUCAAGCCCACGUACCUGCCGGAGGACAACCCCGCAGACUUCAACUACUUCUUCGACACGUCCAGACGGAGGACGUGCUACAUCGCACCGGAAAGGUUUGUGGACGGAAGCAUGUUCACCACAGAGAGCGACCAGAACACACCGCUGGUGGACCUGACCAACAACAACCAGAGGAGCAGAGGGGAGCUCAAACAGGCCAUGGACAUCUUCUCUGCAGGCUGUGUGAUAGCAGAGCUGUUCACCGAGGGCGUCCCGCUCUUCGAUCUGUCCCAGCUGCUGGCCUAUCGCAAAGGACAUUUCCAGACGGAGCAGGUCCUCAUGAAGAUCGAGGACCGGAGCAUCAGAGAGCUGGUGGCUCAGAUGGUGCAGCGGGAGCCGGAGAAGCGUCUGACGGCGGAGGAGUACCUGAAGCAGCAGCGAGGGAAAGCCUUCCCUGACAUCUUCUACACCUUCCUGCAGCCGUACAUGGCUCAGUUCGCCAAAGAGACCUUCCAGUCCGCCGACGAACGAGUGCUCGUCAUCCGCAAAGACCUGGACAACAUCCUGCACAACCUGCGAGGAGGCUCCUCCUCCUCCUCGUCUUCGUGCCAUGAAGGCAGCGAGGCCGUGCUGAGCUCCAGGGAGGAGCAGGGCCUCAUCGUCCUGGUGUCGGUCAUCACCUCCUGCCUGCAGACGCUUCACUCCUGCGACUCCAAACUGGCCGCUCUGGAGCUCAUCCUCCACCUGGCUCCGCGGCUCGGCGUCGACAUCCUGCUGGACCGCAUCACGCCCUACCUGCUGCACUUCUGUAACGACCCCAUGCCCCGCGUGCGCGCUCAGGCCGUGCGGACUCUGGCCAAAGUGCUGGCUCUGGUGAAGGAGGUGCCGAGGAACGACGUCAACAUCUACCCGGAGUACAUCCUGCCGGGCAUCGCCCACCUCGCCCAGGACGACGCCACCAUCGUCAGGCUGGCGUACGCAGAGAACAUCGCCCACCUGGCAGAGAGCGCGCUGCGUUUCCUGGAGCUGGUUCAGGAAAACAACGUGAACACCGAGCAGGACCUGAGCGGCGAGGACACCGAGGAAACACUUCAUCCCAACGAAAACUACGACUCAGAGCUGCAGGCGCUGCACGAGAUGGUGCAGCAGAAGGUGGUGACGCUGCUCAGCGACUCGGAGAACAUCGUCAAACAGUCGCUGAUGGAGAACGGCAUCACGCGUCUCUGCGUCUUCUUCGGCCGACAGAAAGCCAACGACGUGCUGCUGUCCCACAUGAUCACCUUCCUCAACGACAAGAACGACUGGCACCUGCGGGGAGCCUUCUUCGACAGCAUCGUGGGCGUGGCUGCGUACGUGGGCUGGCAGAGCUCGUCCAUCCUGAAGCCGCUGCUGCAGCAGGGUCUGAGCGACACCGAGGAGUUCGUCAUCUACAAAGCUCUCAACGCCCUCACCUGCAUGUGUCAGCUGGGCCUGCUGCAGAAACCUCACAUCUACGAGUUCGUCAGUGACAUCGCUCCGUUCCUGUGUCACCCCAACCUGUGGAUCCGGUACGGGGCGGUGGGCUUCAUCACCGUGGUCGCUCAGCACCUCAACGUGGCCGACGUCUACUGCAAACUGAUGCCUCACCUCAACCCCUUCAUCACCCAGCCCAUCAUCCAGAUUGAUAAGGAGUUGGUGCUGCUCAGCGUCCUGAAGGAGCCUGUGAGUCGCUCCAUCUUUGACUACGCCCUGCGCUCCAAAGACAUCGGCAGCCUGUUUCGACACCUGCUGCUGCGGCAGAAGAAGCGUGCCGGAUCUAUCCCAGAAUGCCCCACUCCUGAGGACCCGGCCAUCGCUCAGCUCCUCAAGAAGCUGCUGUCCCAGGGGAUGACCGAGGCGGAGGAGGACAAGCUGCUGGCACUCAAAGACUUCAUGCUGAAAUCCAACAAGGCCAAAGCCAACAUGGGCGAGCAGAGCCACCUGGGAGAGGCGGCUCAGACCGGCGUCAUCGACCUCGCCACGCUCGGCAUCACCGGACGCCAGGUCGACCUGGUCAAACCCAAGGCCGAGGCCGAGGACAAGAGAGAGCCCAUGGCUGCAGCUGCUGCGAGGAAACACACGAAGCAGGACUCCACCAUGAACGAGGAGUGGAAGAGCAUGUUUGGAUCUCAGGAGCCGCCGUCCGCUCAGCCCGCCACGGCUGCUGACGGGCCGGCGAGUCAGAUCAGGAAGAGCGCCGUGGCGCCGGCGGUGCCCGUGCUGCAGUCGGUGGCGAGCGGCCCCGCCUACCAGCGCCGCAUCAACACCUGCAAGGCGGAGCUGCAGCAGCUGGUGCAGCAGAAGAGGGAGCAGUGCAGCGCCGAGCGCAUGGCCAAGCAGAUGAUGGAGAGCGCCGAGUGGGAGAGUCGACCUCCUCCACCAGGGUGGCAUCCUAAAGGUCUGCUGGUCGCUCAUCUGCACGAACACAAAGCUGCUGUGAACCGGAUCAGAGUCUCAGACGAACACUCCAUCUUUGCCACGGCGUCCAACGACGGCACCGUCAAAGUCUGGGACAGUCAGAAGAUGGAGGGAAAGACCACGACCACCAGAUCGGUGUUGACUUACUCUCGUAUCGGCGGCCAUGUGAAGACGUUGACCUUCUGUCAGGGGUCACAUUAUUUAGCCGUGGCCUCAGACAACGGCUCCAUCCAGCUGCUGGCGGUCGAGGCGAGCAAACCACCCAAAUCCCCCAAAGUCCAGCCUUUCCAGACCAGGACUCUGGACCUGCAGGAGGACGGCUGUGCGGUCGACAUCCAUCAUUUUAACUCGGGCGCUCAGUCGGUGCUGGCGUACGCCACCGUCAACGGCUCGCUGGUCGGCUGGGACCUUCGCUCCAACUCCAACGCCUGGACGCUCCGCCACGACCUCCGCCUCGGACUCAUCACCUCCUUCACCGUCGACAUGCAUCAGUGCUGGCUCUGUUUAGGUACGAGCAGCGGCACCAUGGCCUGCUGGGAUAUGCGGUUCCAGCUGCCCAUUUCAAACCACUCCCACCCUGCUCGAGCACGAAUCAGACGGCUGCUCAUGCAUCCUCUCUACCAAUCAUCUGUCAUCGCAGCUGUCCAGGGGAAUAACGAGGUGUCGAUGUGGGACAUGGAGACCGGAGAUCGUAAAUUCACUCUGUGGGCGAGUUCUGCUCCUCCGCUCUCUGAGAUGCAGCCGUCUCCUCACAGCGUCCAUGGGAUCUACUGCAGUCCUGCUGAUGGGAACCCUCUGCUCCUGACGGCCGGCUCAGACAUGAGAAUCAGGUUCUGGGACCUGGCGUACCCAGAGAGGUCCUACAUCGUGGCCGGAGGAGCUAACGACUCGCUGCACUGCCCGUCUGUUCUCUACAGCAGGAAGAUUAUCGAAGGAACUGAGGUGGUGCAGGAGAUCCACAGUAAACAGAAGAGCGGCGUGGUGGAGGACUCGCCUCGCCGCGGCCCAGAAUCCCUCCCUGUGGGACACCACGACAUCAUCACGGACAUCGCCACCUUCCAGACCACGCAGGGCUUCAUCGUCACCUCGUCCAGAGACGGCAUCGUCAAAGUCUGGAAGUGAAGGCGACUGGAAAACACACACACACACACACACACACACACACAGAGGAAAGGUGUGUUUAUGGACGAGUUGUUCUUCUUUGUCUCUUUAUUUUUCUCUGUUUUCACUCAUGAACAUGGUACAGAAUCAUCCACUGUAAAACAUCACAUCCUGUGUGCAGCUGCUUAUUUCGACGUUUUCUCUCUGACUGAUGAAGCUCCGCUGCGCCUCCUACUGGCUGCUCCCGGUAACAUUUUGAAUCAGUUCUGACCUCACGUUACUAUUCUGUGCACUUAAUACACAACGCUGGCCUGAAUAUAAAACUAGAUUAUAAUCUGAAGAUUAGGUUUGAGAAAGUGGACGAGACCAUUAUUAGAGUUCAUCAGAUUUUCCCUCUGAACAGAGACAGUAACAUGUUUUCUCCAGAGAUGUUUUAGUUAUUGUUCAAGAAAAAACAGAGAAAAAUCAUCAGCAGAUGAAUCAAAUAUGAAAAUAAUCCGAUAUAAAUAAAUGAUAAUAAAACGGAAAUGAGUAGGUCAUUUUUCAUUUCCUGUUCAUGUAGACAUUUGUCCACUUCAGGCCUCAUUCAUUUAAUUAAUCACAUCACUGGGAAAUAAAAAAAUGAAUACAGUAAUAACUAAUAAAUUAUUCUGGGUCAUGUUGUCCCAGGAUUAAAUGGCAUCUUGUGUGAAAAGUUAAAUUUAACCUGCAGAAACUCUGUGUAUUCAGUUGCAUUGUGGGAAAUGUAGGAUCUAGUGCUUUUGAAGUUUGACCUUCACUAGAGACUGAAAGUUAGGAUGUCAUUUUCUGACCUUUACUAAUCCAUGACUACAAAUUCUAAUUACAUGUUAAAACAUGUCGAUUUCUAUCAGACCAAAAUGAAUUAAAAAUAUAUAUGACCAUCAUGUAUUUAACUAAGAACUAAGUCACCUUAUAUCCAUCUGAGAAUUUGAUAUUAUUCAUUACAUAAAGACACAAUGGAUGUAAUUACGAUGCCCCCGAAAACUGUUUAUUGGCAGGUGAGACAAAAAAACAAUUACCUGUGGUAAUCUCCCUCCCUCUCUGUCUCUCUCCGUCUACAACAGUAGGUUUUGUACAUAAGUUAUUUUAAAUCUGAGAAAUAUAAAGUUUGAUCAGAGACUUGAUGACGUUUGUUAUCGAACCACAGACGAACCAUGUGACCUGCGUUUCCAUGUUUGGCCAUCUGUUCAAUAAAAUCUGCUGUUUGACCGGCAGCGAAAA